AUGCCGCAGGUGGGGACCGUCCUGGUCCUGGUCCUCAUUGGGAUGUGCGCGCGCGGACAGGACCCGGGGUCCAAGGUGGUGUCGGACCGAUACGCGGUCUUCUGGAACCGGACCAACCCCAAAUUUUACCGGGGAGAUUACCACAUCGACGUCUGCAUCAACGACUACCUCGAUGUGUACUGUCCGCACUACGCCAGCCCGGUGUCCGACGACCGGGCCGAGCGCUACGUCCUCUACAUGGUGAACUACGACGGCUACAGCUCGUGCGACCACACCGCCAAGGGCUUCAAGCGCUGGGAGUGCAACCGGCCCCUGUCGCCGAACGGACCGCUGAAGUUCUCCGAGAAGUUCCAGCUCUUCACGCCGUUCUCUUUGGGCUUCGAGUUCCGCCCCGGCAGAGAGUAUUACUACAUCUCGUCCGUCACCGACGUCCGAGGGAGACGGAACUGCCUUCGACUCAAAGUCUUCGUCAGACCGCAGAACAAUUGUGUGAAAAGCUCGGGGGGCGCGCAGGAAGGCGUCGAGUUUGACGAACACAGCAACAACUCCAUCGAACCCAGAGAUGGAAUCGGUCACGAGUCUCCAGAACCGUCCAGGAGAGACGUGAACUCGGCCGCCCGGCGCCGGAUUUCCGUCCUGACGCUCAGCUCCGCCCUCAUGCUCCUGGCGGCCAUCUUGUCGUUAUAGCGACCAUCGAGUUCCCCCGCAGGAACGGACCGUCCUGAUUGGACCACAUGUUGCUUCAACCCUGAAGGAGCACUUUUUUAAAAAAAAUCAACCAAACACUCCGACGAACGGUUCUGAGCAGAUCGGACUUCGGCAGCGAAGCCUUUGUUGUCUUUUUUUUUUUUUUUACACCAGUUUGAUGCGAGGCCCGUGGGACGGUUUGUUCCCCGCUCGCCUCAGACGUUACGCUUGUUUUUGAUGAAGAGGAUUUUUUUAAUUUUUACUAAUUUACUCACGACGAUCGCAGCGUGAACGCUCGUUAGCUUGAUUAGCUCAGCUCCGGUAAAAAAAAAAAAAAACUUUACUAACUGGCCUUCGAGGAAACGCCACAAAUCGCUCGGAGGACCUGGCGGCGACUCGUUAAAAACCGAGGAGGAACAGGAAGUGGUCCGCCGCUGCGAGCACGAGGCUGUGGCGACUUCCUCUCAGGUCAAACAGGAAGUGACAUCACAGAGUUACGGACGGAGAGUCGGCGGCGCUCAGACUUCAGGGUUUGGACGUUUUAAGACAUUAAUACUUUUGACUUUUCUUUAAUGGUAAUUGUUGCAGCCAUCACGGUGUACAGUAAAAUAUUUGAACGGAAAAUGUUCGUUUUCUUAUUUAUUGUGACGUCUUUGUGCUUUUUUCCUGCUUUAGUCUGAACGC